UCAAUAGAAAAGGUGCGUUACAAUUUAAAGCAAGGCGCACUUAACGAAACCUAGAUAAGUCGCGAAGGCGAUAAAUCGGUGUAAUUACAGCGUAUCAGAAAAAAAAUUAGUGCUGACAAAGUGAAUCUGUGCGCCCUUCCAACGCGUCCGAAACGGAUCCCGCACGCAUCUGCAAUGCAAAAUAAGCCGCUCGAUCCAUCAGAUUACCAAGACACGGAGGUCUCGAAGGCGCGAAGGGGUUGCAUUGAGAGGUACGGAUCGGGGGUUCUUUACGAGAACGCGACCGCGAUCUACAAUUCAACGGGUACAUUCUGCCCGGCAUAUUGGGACGACAUACUUUGCUGGCCAAUCACGCCUGCAAACACCUUUGCGACAAUUGGCUGCCCAACAUACAUCGUGGGCUUCGACAAACCGGUAAACAAUGCGACUCGCCAGUGCAUGGAAAACGGCAAGUGGUUCUUCCACGACCAGUUCAACAAAUACUGGACGAACUACUCGCAAUGCUUCGGCAGUGACCAACCGACGGUGUUCGUGCCGCUGCAGGACGACCUGUCGAAGAUAUACAAGGACGUCGUGCCCAUACUGAAGAUCAUACCGAGAAUCGGUUACAGCAUCUCGCUCUGCACGCUUCUGGUGGCCUUCGUUAUAAUGUUCUCGAUCAAAAGGCUACACUGCCCGAGGAACAACCUGCAUAUGAACCUGUUCGCGUCGUUCAUCUUCAGGGCCUUCCUGAGCUUGCUGAAGGACAUCAUCUUUGUGCAGGGCGUCGGGUUGUCCACCAACUUCAAGGAGAAGAACGGAGAAGCUUUGUUUUUGGAGGACACUCAGACUAACAAUUGGAGCUGCAAGCUGUUCACGACACUUUGGGAGUUCGUCAUAACAGCCAAUUACUCCUGGAUUUUAAUGGAAGGAUUGUAUUUGCACAAUUUGAUAUUUCGGGCGCUGUUCACGGACUCCUUCAGUAAAAUAACGCUGUACAUCGUGUUGGGGUGGGGUCUGCCGAUCUUGGUCAUAGUGCCGUGGGUGAUAGCGCGCCUCUUUCUCGAUAACAGCUUGUGUUGGACGACGCACGACAAGGACCGACAGACGUUGCUGAUCAUACGCAUCCCCACAAUGCUAUCAAUAAUGAUCAACACAAUUCUUUUCAUAAGGAUUGCGAAGGUGCUGCUCAGCAAGUUGAGGUCAUCGGAGAGUGAGGAGGCGAGGAGGUAUCAGAAGUGGGCCAAGUCCACGUUGGUCUUGGUUCCACUGUUCGGCGUGCACUACGCCAUCUUCCUAGGCAUGUCGUACUACAUGGGCAGAAAUGAGAUCAUCGAGUUGGUUUGGAUAAUCUGCGACCAACUCUUCGCCAGCUUUCAGGGUUUCUUCGUGGCGAUACUCUACUGUUUUCUGAACGGGGAGGUGAAGGCCGAACUCAAACCUUACCUCCACACUUUCUACCAGUACCUAUUCCGAAGAUGCUGUGCAUGCUUGGAGGACGACUUCAAGACCAUUAAAAGCAGAUCGUCAGUUUGCACGAUGCUUUCUAGCACUUCUCUAUAUAAUGGGGUAAGCUCGCAAGGUCGGCACAAGGUGAAGUGGGACUGCUUACACCACACCAAGCCAACCUCCUCCGUCGGCAAAGAGAGAAACCACGAGUGCAAAACAACCGUUCGCAGCUGGCACGACAUCUCGCCGAGGAAAGUCGCGAAAAGUGCCGAGUACACGACUCUAGCCGAAAAGCAAAAGAAGCUCGAGCUUUACUUCAACGCUAGUUCGUCGGAAGUUGACAUAUCUCCGUGUGUGAUUUGCGAAAGUAAUUCGGAGAGAUCCCGCUCCGAACCCCACCUCGGAAUGGAGAUGGUGACGAUGCUACCUGAAGAUAAUUAGACGCAAGAGAUUAACUGCAACACUGUUCUAGUCACUCAAUACUGUACAAUGUGUUUAUUUCUGUAUAUAUUAAAGAUACUAUUUUUUACAAAUCGUUGCUCAGUUGUAAACGCCCGCAAUGUUUUCCGCAACUAUAUAUAAAGUACCCUGCGCUAAAUUACAGGGGGUUGACUUCGUUUCGCUCGCGUCUUGACGCAAAUGUCGCAGCGUGACCGAUUUAACUUCGCUGACCGCUUCAGGAUAUCUCUCACGGCUCAAUACCAUUUCUCAUGACUCAAAUAUUUUCCACCAUUGAAAAGCCAUUUUUCCGUCCAAUCAGACCAUUAAAUUGACUCAAUGUGGAGUUAAUUCCUGAUGACUCCGGCCACAUAGAAGCCUCGAUAGCUACGAUUUCAAAAUAUACAAGAUCCGCCUGUAAUCCGAGUAAUCACGUCACGUCCCACGACUAACCGGCGCCGCCAGCUUUCGUCCGCAUACAAAAUCGAAAAAAUAAAAAUCCGUUAACGGUCUCAAAAUUAGAAACAACAAGGGGAUACCGGACCCUCAAAAGGUGUCCGGUAAAGGGGACAGGCUCCUCGAAAGAGGGGAAUGCUCCAACGUAGGGCCUUCUUCAAGGACCUGGAGGUGAGCCAGCUCCCGUACAUGGACAUCAUUAAGCCUCAGCCGAGGUGCAUUAUGGCUGCAUUGAACUCAGUUGUUGGCGAGACAGAGGGCAGGAGGGGGAGGGGGGCUCAUUCGUCGGAUGGCUGGGUACCGAUACAGGCUGCCAUUGUAGCCAAAUGCGAGGUUGGAGAGGACCGACCUUUUAUUAGGUCCUGAGAUGUCGGGUCUGUGAGCAUUCAGGGCUUAUACAGGUGGCUCUCUCCGUUAACCCGAAAAACACCGAGAUUAUUCCAUUUACGAAAAGGAGGGGAGCGGAUCUUGAUGGGCUUACUCUUCAAGGACGUCAACUGAAGCUGACCAGAUCAGUGUUCCCCUGUGCAUGGAUAAAUAGAUAGAGUAGUGGAAUACGGCGAUAUUGUCUUUGAUUACCGGAAAGAUUUUGUUUGUUUUGCAGUCGUCGUGUGAAAAUCUCUGAAUAAGCGAGAGAUUACUCCACGUUGUCUUGAUUUGUGGCCGUCAAGGUAAUCUAAAAUUAGUUUAUUGGUGGAAAAGGUUGGUUGUUCGGGGAGAAUCGUCAAAGAAUUAGCGUUAAGCGGUCGGCACAGUUAAGUCGGUCACCUGUAAAUUACCGUAGAGUGGUUUUAUUUUGUACAAAACUCCCGUUGAGCCGCGCGAGCGUAGUUAAAUCAACCACCGGUAUGCGGUGUUUUAUUUGUAGCAAGAGAACACGCCCCUAAAAGUGAGACAGGGUUAAGUUAACCGCCUGUAAUUUAGCGCGGGGUGAUUUUACACUGUAAUUAUCGUAUUAUUUGCGGAGACAUUUCGUGCGUCUACGGUAAAUUGGUUU